AUGACCGUCCCAAAGCAGCUCAGUCAUACAACACUGACCGGUGGCCUCCUCUUCGGCGAGGCGCCUCGAUAUAAAGACGGCCUCCUUUACCUCAGUGACAUGACAGGCCGGACCAUAUACACCAUUGACACGCAGUCAGGUGAGAAGAAGACGCUGUGCGAGGUAGAAAACCAGCCCAACGGCAUGUGCUUCGUGCCGGAUGGGUCACUGAUCUGGUCAUCCAUGUUCGACGCCAAGUUGUACCGUCGCGACUUCACGACUGGCAAGGACACCCUGUAUGCCGACCUAUCCCCCAUCAUGACCGGCUACUGUGGCGACAUGACCGUCGACAGCACCGGGCGCGUGUAUGUGGGCGACACGGGCGCGCGCGUCCUGCACGGCGAGCAGCCGCGUGCCGGCCGUUUGUUGGUCGUCGAGCCGGAGGGCAAGUCUGUGCAGGUGGCCGCCGAGAAUAUCAUGUUCCCGAAUGCGCUCUUCAUCAGUAACGAUGGCGAGACUAUCUACUGUGCUGAGACGUUCGGGUAUGGCCUGCUUCGUUGGGAUAUAGGAGCGUCUGGCCGGCUGUGUAAUCGCCAGGAAGUGUGGUCACCGGUUGUCGUCUCGCCGUCUGGUAAGGUUGGUAAUACUGAAGAGCAUGGUCUUGUGGGGAUUGAUGGCGGAUGUAUGGAUGCCGAGGGCGGUAUGUGGCUCAGUCUGCUGGGCCUUGAUAAGUUUGUCCGUGUUGACCAGAAUGGAUUUGUGACACAUGAGAUCAAGGCUGGGGGCCAUGCUACUGCUUGCACCCUCGGUGGCCAGGAUGGCAAAUCCUUGUACUUGGUCACUAACUGGGUCCCUGAGGGUGAAUCUCUCUUCUCGGCUAUGGUAGGCAAACGCACGAAGUGUACUAUCAGCUAUGUCCGGGUCGACGUUGGGAAAGGCACGUCCAGCCCGUGA